CACUACUACCACUACUACUACUACUACUACUACUACUGCUGCUGCUACUACUACUAUUCCUAUUAUUUGUUUAUUAUUAUUUUUAUCAUUAUCCUAUUAUUAUUAUUAUUAUUAUCAUAAAAAUGAAUGUAUUUAUUACCGUUUAUUGCGAGUCGAGUUAUUGAGACGAUCGAAAGGACAGUGAGUAAUUGUAAUGUAAACAUUGAAUUUUUAUUUUCCACGACGAUAGUCAUGUGAAUAUAUUGCUACAGUCCGAUCCAAAUAAUCAAGCUUUUGUAACACUAAUUAUAAUAAAGUAACGGUGAUACUGCUAAUCGCGUAAUUGUAUCGCACACGGUAAUUCGGAUACGAAGCGUCGAGUGGCCACGUAGGUAGAGGAAAUUUGCGUGUAUCAUAUAAGUGAGAUAUAAGUACGCCAAAAAUCUUUACAAAUUCAUACGAAAUCGUUCGUUUUAGUUUUCGCUUCCUUUUUACUUCCUUGCGUAUCUAGUGGCAAAUCAGCGGCAAACAGUGGCGAAAUCGCGGCGCUCCCUUCGUUCACGAUGGGUGUGCGCACAAUUUUUCUCUCGCUCGAGGAGAAAGUAACUAUAAACAGCCGUACUCCUCGAGCGAGUUCUCGACGCUCAGUCUCUGUCGUCUGCGACGUUGCCGGGACGGUUGACGAACAUGCGCAGACGGCAGAGAACGAGAAAAUGUGGCGAGAUGCUAUUUUUCCACGCGUGUACGAUGUCAAAGUCUCUUUCUUCGCACAGUGCGAACGCGCAGAAAGGAGUCGGUGAACCGUGAUUCCUUGUAAUUUCGUCCAGCUCCACGAGCCAAAAGCACAAUAUCUCGACGCUUUCGGGACACAUCGAAUUCGCUUCUGGCGAGCUUUCCUUCUUCCCAUUCAAACGAUAUCACGCGAAACAGAGGGACGCGACACGGAAGCUCGGAAAAGCGGAAGUCAGAGGGAGAACCGAGAGAACGGCGGACCUCGAAAAUCCUCUCACGAACGAACGUUAAUACAGCGUGCGUAUUUCCUUUUCCGAUAGACUCGCGACUUGUACAACCGAGACCGGAAUUUCUAAAGAUUUUUGGUUAUACGCUCUAUAUGUCGGAGGACUGACGGAAAUAAUUGCUGGUUGUAAACCGGGAGGAAUGUAGGAUAGAGGAACGAGACCGCGACGACGUCCGCGAGAGAAAAGGAGAACAAGAUUGCCAGGUCUCGAGGAAACGCGGUCGCAUCGGCAAAUAUCGAGAUCGCGCGAUUUCCGGCGCUUCGAGGUUUUUCGUAGAAUUGUAGACGCAGUUCGCGCCUCCCAAUCGAUAGAUACAACACUAUUGUUUGUACCGAGUGCGUUUUUUCUUAUUUCGUCCGUAGCCGGAACGAAUUUAGCGGAUAGUAUCGAUAACGAUAACGCGCUCUAGGCAUUACGAUAAUAACGAUAGCAAUAGCGAUAGACGUAAUAACGAUAAUGAAACGAGCGCUAGAGGAAAGAGAAUACGCGAUAAUACAAUAAUUGUUACACGGUCGUAGUAGAUGGGAUGGAAAGGGCUUCCCGAUCCUUUCCGGAGAACACGUGUAAAACGACUUUGUCGACACGAUUACUUUCAAAACAGAUUUAAACAUAUAGCACGACAACCUCGUAUACGAUAUUUGCACAACCAUCCGAUAGAAACUUGGAGCGACCUUAGAACGCGCAAUAUCGGUGACCGGAGACGACGAGAACGUAAUUAAAGUUGAACUAAUAAAGCAACAGCCGACAAAAGAAAUUCGUAAUAACGAAUCACGAUAAUAACGAUAACAAUAAUAAUAAUAAUAAUAAUAAUAAUAAUAAUAAUAGUAAUAAUAAUAAUAAUUACAAUAAUAUUAAUAACGAUUUACGGUAAUCGACGUUUACUCUAGUAUUAACUUUAACGCUAAUACUAUGGAUAAUGUUAAUGUUAACGAUACUACUAAUAGUACUACUAAUGGUAAAAGUAACAAAGAAUAGUAAUGCUAAUAAUAAGAGUAAUAAUAAAGAAGAACAAAAUUAAUAACGAUAACAAUAAUAAUAUUAUUAAUAACAAUAACGAUAAUCGUGUCCAUUGCCUGUCGCAAAAGGAAAACGAUGCAUAAAAUAACCGGGUACCUACAAAGUGACGUGCCUUUGAGACUUUUCGAAGCAAACGAUCGGUUCGCCGUUAGCUUUCGACUUCCGUCCGUGGAACCCGGUUCCGCGGACGUGUCCGUAUUGCGCGUUUCGAGGGAAACUCGACUCCUUCGGCAAUCGCGAUCGUGCUCGAUCCUUUAGUCACCGCAUCUGCGACACCUGGCAACGAAUCUUCCGAGUUUCGAGUCGUGAACCCACUACCUAGAUCGUAGAUAGGCAACCGCCAGCGAUUGCCAAGAAACGGAGAAAAAGUGAGAGAGAGAGAGAGAGAGAGAGAGAGAGCGGAAGCGAGUGUAUGCGCGUGUACGAGAGAUAACAAGAGGACAAGGAUCCGGGAUCGUAACGAUAAGAAAAUAAUAGUCGACGAUAACUAGCGGUCGGGUAAUGAGCGAAUUAACGAUAAUCCUUUUCUUAGCGCGAUAGAACAGGCAUAAUAGAGAAGCGACGAAUAUUUUGAAACGAUUUAAUCGUCGGCCAGUUUAGGGGAAGGGAAAGAGGAAAUAAAUGAAGCAAAAUAACAAUGUCCAUGUUGCUAAAUAUUAGCGGUGAAGUAGUUUGCGUAUAGCGACGUGUUAGUUUAAAAUUAGUGCGUAGUGCGAGUGAAACAGAUGGGAUGAAAUGGAGGAACACCGAGAGGGUGGAAAAGGGAGCGAGAGCUUGAGUGAACGCGAAACAGAACACGAGCGAAAAUUAUCGCGUGAAUACGCGUUUGUUUAUAUAUAUAUAUAUAUAUAUAUAUAUAUAUAUAUAUAUAUAUAUAUAUAUAUGUAGAGUGGUAAAAUCGAGAGUAUCACACGUACGUCAAACAUACACAAACAAAUGGACAGGCGUGUUGUAAAACGCGGAGGGCAAGAAUAAAAGCAUGAGCGAGAGCAAGAGGAAGGCUGGAUCUGAGAAACGCAAAGAGUAGUAGCGGAAAGAAGGAAGAAACAAACGAAGACGAAAGAAGCUAGAUACGCAGAUACACGCGAGAAACACACGAAGCAUAGUAGACACGUAGAUUACAGUUAGGAGAUAGAAUUUUAGGUGAAGUUAUCGAGCCCGUUCCUUCGUAUUAGAUAUGGUAGCAUUAGAGAUGCCCGGCACGCCUCGAAACGAGGACACGUGGUCUGCACCUACCGACUUAGUGGAAAAGAGCUUCGCUCCAACGGCGUUUCUUUUGUUUCUCAUUGAAGAAGAAGAAGAAGAAGAAGAAGAAGAAGAAGAAGAGGAAGAGGGAGAAGAAAGAAAAGAGAAGCGUUAGACAACGGCCGCUUGUUACUUCCUCGAGCCGUUCGUUCUUCUCGAUGCAUUCCAUGCUGCGUUUCGUUCGCGACUUUUCCCAAUGGAUCUUCCUCGCGAAGAUCGACUUUACCAGCAAUAAAAGGAAACAGAGAGGGAAUAGACAAAACACAGGAUAGAAACGCGUUCGAAUGGCACGCAUGUAGGGUAGCGACAUCGACGCGACGAGCGCAGAAAAAGAAAAAAUUUGUUUUGUAAUUCGCAGGGGCGAAUAAUCGCAGCAAGGCUAGGGCGCACAAGGAAAGAAUAGCGAAAAAUGCGAGAUAGAGAAGAAGGGAGUCAACGAAACGGUAAAUGGUAAACAGGGAGAGAAAGAGAGAGAGAGAGAGAGGGAGAGAAAGAGUGUGUGAAAGUACCGUAUCCAUUGUAGUCGCGCAUAAAUUAUUAUAAAUAUGAAAACAUUAAUAUUAUCACCGAGCAUAUUGUAUACCUCUUCUGUACAUACAGCUGAACGGCACCAACAAUAACGAGUUACGAUUUAUCGUAGCCAUGAUGGGAAACGGCGAACGUCAGAUCGAUGUUGCGUAUUGUCUUUUUUGCGUGGCGAGCAAUCGAAGCGAGUAUGGUCGUAAUGUAAUUAUAUUACCGCUGCGGUACGAUGUAACUGCAUGAUCGACGGCACCGUAUACAUAUACAUAUACAUAUACAUAUACAUGUAUAUAAAUAUAUAUAUGUAUAUAUAUGGUGUAUAUAUAUAGUAUAUAUAUAUAUAUAUACCAUAUAUAUACAUAUUAUAAAUACAUUUCGUAGGACGAGUAUCGCGAUGGCGAGCGAUGAUUUUCUAUUAUUGCUAUAAUUAUUACCAUUACCGUGAUUACGGUUUCUUACGAUGAUCGCUGCGACGACGACGACGAUUAGUACUUACGCGGAUGAGUGUGUUACGAGAGAGUGGCAGGGUAACCGUAACCGAGUGCUAUGUACGGAAAAGUUGAGAGAAAGAACGAAAAAGCGUGUAUCGUUGGCGUGCUCGUCGGACGAGUGUCGCGGGGCAGGGAAGAAGGAUGUAUCCGUCGAGCAGCAGCGUUGUGGACCUUAUUUGUAGGUGUAGACUAACGCGAGCAACAAGGGGUUCCUAAAUGUUGUCCGGACGAUUCGCCAACAUCCGAGGGAGAGCGUACGGGCGAGGAUUUUCGAGUCGAGCCAAUGAGAGAUCGAAGCGAAACGAAAGAGAAAGCGAAAGAAAAAUCGCGGGAAAACAUAGGCGGACAGAAAGUAAAAGAGAAGAGAAUCGGCGCUCGUACGCGUCCUGGCGAUGGAUCGCGUCGGCUUCGCACAGCCGUCUUGAAUACCGAUCGCAACGAUCGACCGAGAAAGCCGACUCUUUUUCGCUGAUAUUUCUUUUUUCACGCACCGAUAAUGGACCCCCCGGUUUUUAGUCCCGCGGGCGAAUAGGCGAACGACAAAGAGGCAACGCGAUCGAGCCCCAGCGUUCAUUCUCCGUUUAUUUAUCGUUUAUUUAACGUUUAUUACCGUCGAGAAAACGGAACUUCCCCCGAUGAAGUUCGAAGCCACGUUUCUAGGCGUAAACGAUCAUCCUGUGGUUAUUUCUUGGCAGAACCGAACCAAUGCUCAAACGCUGUUGGUUUAAAGUGAAUAAAAAAAAAAGCUGAGAAACCAAGAUUUUCUUUACCCGUCUGUACCUAUAGGCCUGUAACACGUCGUGUAUGUGCAGUGGAGUAUAAAGGGAAUAAUAAAGAGUACACACUUUUUAUAUGCACGGUUUUUAACUCUUCUCGCUUCACCGUCUUCCACUCGAUUUUCGCGAAUGUUCUAGAAAUUCAAAUAUAAUUUCAUGGUAUGCUACGACAUCUGUAUAUUUCACGACGAAGGUAAGGAAUGCGUCGUCCACGUUGUCACGCGCAAAACUAACGACAUACGAAUGGAUCGAACGAUCCAUGGCAAGCUUCAGACGUGGCCAAGUAUUCGCGACAAAUAUUCAGAAAAUGACGAAGACGAACGAACCGAUAUUUCGACUUGGUAGGACAGGAGGAACAACGAGUUGGUCGUAAGACAUCCGACAUAUAGACAAAGACUUACGCUUGAAUCAAUCGCAAGAUAUUCGACGAUGGGUGACAUUCUACGAAACUGGAUACAAGCGAGGCUAGGAAUCUUGAUCGAUCUGACACCCGAGGUAUUUGGUUACUACACCAGGGACGGCUCGCUUCUCGCACAGAUUCUGCACAGCUACGACAUAAUAAGCCGCGAUCAGUUGGGCAUGAUCGUCGUUACCCAAGACCCUGCUCUCUGCAGAGUAAAUCUCAAGCACUUGAGAUUUUGGUUGCGAUUCGUGGGAAUCGAUAGCGACGAUGAAAGCAUCGAAGAAAUUUCCUGCGGCAAAGGUACCACGUCGAUGCGCUUGUUCUACAAGCUGUACCUGUGCCUGGAAACCAAGGACAGGUUGCACUUUAUCACACUGCAAAAGGAGAGGGAAAAAUUCGUACCCACGUCGAAGAAGUUCGAAGUGACGAAAGUCUGCGAGGUCCCUCCACCCUAUCAACCGAUGGAGCACCCUUUGUCGAAGAAGUUGGCGAAGGGAAAGGACAUCGUCGACUGGCAUCGUACCAAACUCCCAAUGAUACUAGCAAAGUUUCAAAAAGAACGAAAGAAGUUGAUGGCUGUUCCCACGCCGUACACCGUAGUGCAACCCAGCGUAGAGCAGUGGCCAGCCGAGGUUUGCUUAUCAGCACCGGGUUCGGAAGAAGUCAGGCAAAGAAGGCGAGCCAAGGGAUAGAGGAAAGGAAGUGGAAGAAGAAGUCGAACGGGAAAGACAAAGGAAAAGAGGAGAAAGACAAGAAGGAGAAAAG